AUGAGUGACAAUAGUCCGGCGGUAGUUGCUGCUAGACGGAAGAAAUACUUUGACGCAGACAGCCGAGACUUUGAAUUUGGAGGACUCAUUGCGUCCGGAGGCCAUGGUGACGCAUACAAGAUUCGUGAGCGAAGUCCUGAUGGUUCUCCGGGUAGAAGGUUUGUUGCAAAAUUCGCUGUAAACGACCCAAUAAGUAUAGCUGAUCUACGAAAAGAGAUUGAAACCACAAGGCAGCUCUAUGGCGCUUUCCAUAUAGUCCAGCCCGUCGUAGAUAAUGGAAAUCUACGUAGUCUUCCGAAUAUUCCGUCCAGCGCCCCCGCAGAAGACAGAUUAAUGCUAUGCAUGGAGUACCUCCCAGGCAUCACCUUCGCUGAUUUCAUUCACAGGGCACAGCAGUGGGAUGUUAUACCAAACAGGGUCCUCUGCAUGGUAUUUCUUUGUUUACUGGCUUUGGGUAAUCCGCCUAGGAAACCGUUCGGCGCGUCUACAGAAUGUCCAGAAACAGAAGUAGUUCCAGAAAAAGAGCCUACCGCUAAGGACUACCAAAUAUUCCACGGCGACAUGGAUAAUCAUUAUAACCUUGUUUUUGGCGAUUUUGAUGUGGAUGAGCACUGGCUUGUACCUGUACUGAAAGCCAUUGAUUUUGGGAUCGCUAUUGAUAAGAUCGGGUCUAAUAUCAGCGGAUAUAUAAUGCACAAUAUUAGCCCUGGCACAUUUACUCAGGCAAACAUAUAUCACAUUGGUCGGGCUAUGCAACAGCUUUACGCCCAUUACUCGCCAGCGUCUUUGCUAAACUUGGAUAAUGACCUUUCUAACCUCGCCGCGAAGUGUGUUAGUUGGCAUCAUCAAGAUCGUCCGUCAUUAAGAGAACUUGUAGAUACGAUAGAGUACGCUAUAAGGACGAAGACGGGGCCCGAAAGCUUCCCAGGAAUGCCAUGGGCCAACUCUGAAACAACUCAGAUGAUACGGCACUAUGUGGCAGAUGUUAUGCUUUCAGCAACACAACUAGACGACUUUAAAGUCCCCUAA